UAUCACCCCACUUAGCUGCUCGCUCCACCUAAACUAAAAGUGGCCCAAGGUGUGUCGGGAUCUUGAAUAUUUCCUUUAGUUGGCUGGCUGUCGUCCACGUUCCUAGAUUAGGGAUCCUCGGCGGCCUACCGAAGGCCUCAUAUUGUUAGGAACCCUUCCCAUUGCUCAGAUGAUGGGCAUCACCGCCGAGGUCUGCAUUCUUCUCAAACACGAGGGACACUAUGUAUUACUCACAUUUGUUCCUGAACACAUCGUAAAGUCCGAUGCAAAGAGGGGAAGCGGACGAACCCAUAAAUCAGAUCCACAAGUGCCUUAGUGUCAAAGAUCGAAUUUGAUGUGUCAACAUUGGUUAAUGUCACUGUUCCGAAAGUUUAAGAGGACUAUACCGAUGCUCGAGAUAUUCGAGAUCGAGAUGGGUUAAAAUUACAGAGAGCUUCAAGGUAUCUCAAAUUAUUGGGAUCUUUCAAUUCUACAUGGUAAAAAGUUAAGUUAGUAUAUACAAGUUUUAGAGAAAUGCUUAUCUAGAAAGAGUUCCGUUAUCGCUUCCCACGGAAACCUUUCCUCAACUUUCCAGUCAAUAGGUACAACAUUGAAUUAUUCCAAACCAAGCAGAUAGACCUUCUAGGUUAUAUCUUACACACACUCAGCACACUUUAGCGUUAUCGUGGAAAUGUCGAGAACACCAAAUGGCUUCCCUGUUUUCGGUGUUUUCGGCUCCAUCUCGCAAAGGUGAUGCGUGGUUCUGUGUUGGCUCGGUCUCGUCAUUCCCUGACAUAACCAACUCUAACAGCGCUAGUCUCUCUGAACAGCGUCCUUGUACCGGACAAUAUUCAGCUCCCGGAUGCAAGGUAUUCCAUGUCCCUGUCACGGACAGUUCUCAAGCACGCCAGAUCGAGGGUGAUUCGAUAUUUCAUGACGAAGCAGAUCUGAGAGAUCAGGUGCUUGUGUUCAAGUAUAACGGCAAGAUCCAUGCCGUUAAUAACCGAUGUCCACAUUCAUCAUACCCACUCUCUGAGGGUAUCCCAUUUGAUAUUGAGGACUUUGGCAUGACGUUAAGUGCUGGGAUCACCUGCCCGAAGCAUGGCUGGUCAUUUGAUCUGUAUACCGGGAUAGCAGAUCGUGCCAGCUAUAAGCUAGGCAUAUGGGAGGUUCAGUUACGUCCCUGCCCCGGUACAGAGGCCGGAGUAAGCGACGAGAAAGAAGAUGACCAAGAAGUAUGGGUAAGAAGGAAGCAGAGAAUGGGAUAGUUCGGUAUUAUAGUCUUGCACAUUCUGGGACAGCAGGUGCAUCUCGUUUCUCCAGGGCGUGCUGGGUAUUCGCCCGACUGUCCAGAGGAGGUCCUAGAAUAUUCACAAUUUACGCGUUGAACAAAUAUUUCAUAGUUUGAUUCUGAUAAUUCUGGUAAAUAAACUUAUUAGAAAUUAUUUAACUACUACCUAUGUAGGUAGUAGACGA